AUGGUCUUCCCAACCCCUGGACGCUCAUCGGGGCCCCCUGCAGCCCCAGCAGCCUAUGUCGCGAUCUUUGGAGCCCUCUUUGUGCUUAUCCUGGCGCUUGGCCGGCAGCUCGCCCGGCUGCGGCUGGCUGCAAAGAAGUAUGAGACGGUGGACACAUCGGAUCGUGGCAAGGCGCUCGUGGCGCGUGUACGGAUAGAGAAGGGUUGCGUCGUCCUGGUGGAACGCGCCGUUCUGUCCGUUCCUGCAGGGGCCAGUCCGAUCCCCGCCAUGGGUUUUCUGGGCUGGAGGGCACGACGUUUGUUGGAGAGUUUGUACUGCCCCGCCUCUCUGGCUGUUUCGAGAGUGGAGGAUGGAGAAAAUGCUCUGAGCGAUGAGAUCGGACAGCACGGCGAGAAGCUACAGCAGGCCAUGGUACAGAGUGGUCUCUGGUCUGUGCAACAAGCUGAAAAGGACUUUGCAUGGGUUUGGACCCUUCUGCGUGUCUGGGACGCCAACAAGCUUUCCUUCGCGAGCCGAAAGGGCGUGGAGCAGGGCAUCUUUCACAGCAUCAGCAGGCUCAAUCACUCCUGCGAGCCCAAUCUGCGGCUGCUGCCCACUGGGGAGCCAGGGGAGCUCAUGGCCGUGGCUACUAUGGGCAUCGAGCCGGGGAAAGAGCUCUGCAUCUGCUACCCUGAGCACAAUGCGCUGCCGAUGCUGCACUUCCUACAUCUGCCAACCUCCUGGCGCCGACAUUUACUGCAGCGAUGGCAGUUCCAUUGCUGCUGUACUCGAUGUCAGGUGCCAGAGGAUGCCGCACGCUGUUUUCAGUGUCCAGGAAGAGCCGGCUGCCCUGGAAAGCUCUGCGUGAGGGCCGCUGCUGCGGAGCUUUUGGCCCCGUGCGGGGUCUGUGGCUUCGCCUUGGCCGAGGCGGAGAUGCAGCAGCUCUUGGCCAAGGAAGCAACGGCAGAACAGGGGGUCAACGACUUGAUGAGCCAGCUGAAGAGUGCCAAGGACGACAACUUCCCACUGGAGGGGGUUCUGCAUCUGCUGGGCAAGUGCUCGGAAGCAGGAUUGAGCAUCGAGCACUGGCUGCCCUUUUGGCUCCUCUCUCUGGCUGCUGUCGGCUCUUCUGGACGGCCGCUGCGGGUGGCUGCGCAUGGUGUUGCUCGGUCCACUACCAUGCCGGCCCUGCCUGGCACGUUCGGAGCUCUGGCAGAAAAAGCGCCUGCCAGCGCGCGCCCGCUCCUGCUCGCAGCGGACCGCGACCGCCAACGCCUGCUGGCUCGACCUGGGGCCUCGACCCGACUUUGCUUGUAUCUGACCUUCGAUGCGUGA